GUUAAGCAAUACAAGUGAGUCAUCACUUCCCAACGCAAACAAAAUAAAUCUAGCGACUAAGCCAUUUUAAUAACAGAGUAGCUUAGUUUAGUUGGUAACUGUUCAUAACUUCAUGUUCUGAAUUCAUCCACCGGGUCAAACAUGAUAUGAUUCCACGUCGCUGCAGUUAAAAGCUACACUUUACUUCAUAAACCAAUUGUUAGUCACGAUGCUGGACGUCCAGCUAGUUUCCUGCCACUUUUUUUACAUACCUUAAAUGGGUGUGCAAAACUUUUCCACAAGCUAAGAUUUCACACAAACCGCGAAUCACUGCUCAAGCACCUUGAUGGUCCUCUGGUGGACGAGCAAAAUGGGGUGCAAACACAUAUGUGCAUAGCGACAUAUGAGCCACGGCCAGGAAUGAAACUCACAGACACAUCACCACAGUUACAGCGUGACACGUUUUUGCUCUAGUAUGUGAUAACUCUGUAAAGUAAAGCCUGAAACAGGAAGCUUCUGGCUGCAGGAGGGGACCUGAAACGGAAGUAGAGAGAGUGAAAGAAAGAAAGAAAGAAAGAGAGAGAGAGGAAUACAGAUUCAUACCAAUACCUAGCAUUGGCUUUACCGGAGUGUGAUCAUGGUGAACAGCUGUGAGUCUCUGAUAGAGGGCGUGGCCUGCGUGAAGGAGGUGGAGUGUAAUGGUGAGAACGAGAGGAGGGUUUCCCAGGGUGCUCUACAUGGGCAUGACUCUUCCUCUGACUCCUCCCACCGGAACUGCUCGGACAAGGCCGACCAAGAGGAAAGCUCCGCCCCCUCCACACCACGGAAAAAACGUGGGCGGCGGAAACUCAAGCACCCAGAAAAACAUGUGGAGGAUGAUGGCAGCAGCAGCAGUGACACCAGUAGAGGAGAGGGUGACAGUGGACGUGUGCGGACUCGUGAGGGCAGAGACAUCAGCCUCCGGCGCAGACCUGUACCUCGAAUCACCUUCCAGGCCGGAGACCCUUUUCACAUGAGCAAGAAAGAGAGAGAGGAGCUGCUUGCCCACUGGAAGAAAGAGCUCACCCAGCCAAGUGUAGAGGACGCCUCUGGAUCUAAUCAUGGCCUGGAAGAGAAGAAGGCUCACCUGAUGCCACUCACCAACGACACCAUGGCGGACCAAUCAGAAGACGACACCCUGAGAAACGAAGAGCAGCUGGCUGUCAGCAGCGUCCCACCCACUCCUGCACCACAGACUCCGCCCCAUCAGCAGCAGCACACAGACCCUGCUUCACCCACAGUCGCCACAACGCCUGAGCCUUCUGCCCCGGUCCCUGUUGCUUGUGGUAACAAAGAUCUGCGGAAGUCGGUGGAGGCGGAGCCAGAAUAUGAUGAUGGACGUGGCUUCGGGAUCGGAGAACUGGUCUGGGGGAAGCUGCGCGGGUUCUCUUGGUGGCCCGGCCGCAUCGUCUCCUGGUGGAUGACGGGACGCAGUCGAGCUGCAGAGGGAACCAGAUGGGUCAUGUGGUUUGGCGAUGGAAAAUUCUCAGUGGUCUGCGUGGAAAAACUGUUGUCCUUGAGUUCGUUUUCUACUGCCUUUCAUCAGCCUACCUACAGCAAACAGCCCAUGUACAGAAAAGCUAUCUAUGAGGUGCUACAAACGGCCAGCACACGGGCGGGAAAGCCUUUCCCAGUGUGUGUGUCGACUGAUGACUCUGACACGAAGAGUGUCGAGCUGCAGACCAGAGAGAUGAUCGAGUGGGCAAGUGGAGGAUUUCUGCCUACUGGGGCCAAAGGACUGGAGCCGCCACCUGCCGAGAGGAAUCCCUACACUGAAGUGUACCCUGAAAUGUGGGUGGAGCCAGAAGCUGCAGCAUACACAGCUCCGCCUACCAAGAAAACUAGAAAGAGCAGUUUGGAAAAACCUAAAAUUAAAGAGAUUAUAGAUGAAGGAACCAGAGAGAGGCUGUUAUACGAGGUACGCCAAAAGUGCAGGAAUAUCGAAGAUAUGUGUAUAUCCUGUGGAAGUCUGAACGUGUCGCUUGAACAUCCUCUAUUCAUCGGAGCCAUGUGCCAGAGCUGCAAGAACUGUUUCCUGGAGUGUGCGUAUCAGUACGACGAUGACGGUUACCAGUCCUACUGCACUAUCUGCUGUGGGGGGAGAGAGGUCCUGAUGUGUGGAAACAACAACUGCUGCAGGUGCUUCUGUGUGGAGUGUGUAGAUUUACUGGUUGGUACCGGUUCAGCGCAGGCUGCUAUAAACGAGGACCCGUGGAACUGCUACAUGUGCAGCAGUAAAGGUGUGUUUGGGAUACUCCGGCGCAGAGACGACUGGACAUCACGCCUCCAGUUGUUCUUCGCCAACAACCAUGACCAGGACUUUGAUCCUCCUAAGAUUUACACACCUGUAGCAGCAGAGAAAAGGCAGCCAAUCAGAGUGCUCUCUCUGUUCGAUGGCAUUGCUACAGGUCUGUUGGUGCUAAAGGACCUGGGAAUUCAGGUGGGUCGCUAUGUGGCAUCCGAAGUGUGCGAGGACUCCAUUACAGUUGGGAUGGUGAGACACCAUGGCCGGAUCAUUUAUGUGGGCGACGUCCGCAACGUGACACAUAAACACAUUCAAGAGUGGGGUCCGUUUGACCUGGUGAUAGGUGGCAGCCCCUGCAAUGACCUCUCCAUCGUCAACCCAGCCAGGAAAGGACUCUUUGAGGGCACAGGACGACUCUUUUUCGAGUUUUACCGCCUGCUACACGAGGCUCGACCUAAAGAAGGAGAUGAGCGGCCGUUCUUCUGGCUCUUUGAGAACGUCGUGGCCAUGGGAGUGAGCGACAAGAGAGACAUCUCACGCUUCCUUGAGUGCAACCCAGUGAUGAUUGAUGCCAAGGAGGUGUCUGCCGCCCACCGCGCUCGCUACUUCUGGGGCAACCUGCCUGGCAUGAACAGGCCGUUAACUGCGAUGGCGAACGAUAGGCUCGACCUGCAGGACUGUCUGGAACAUGGACGCACAGCCAAGUUCGAUAAGCUGAGAACCAUUACAACUCGCUCUAACUCCAUCAAACAGGGCAAAGACCAGCACUUCCCUGUCUUCAUGAAUAACAAGGAGGACAUCCUCUGGUGCACUGAGAUGGAAAGGGUGUUUGGAUUUCCUGUCCACUACACGGACGUGUCCAACAUGAGUCGUCUGGCCAGGCAAAGACUCCUAGGAAGGUCGUGGAGCGUCCCGGUGAUCCGGCACCUGUUCGCGCCGCUGAAGGAAUACUUCGCCUGUUACUGAAGCCCCGCCCCUCUGAGUCACACCGUGCCAUCCCACGACUCGCUUCGCCCUUCAAUUGCAUAACAACCAAGCUCCACCCCUUUUUACAUUUGUUUUGGUAGUUGCCUGACGACUUACUGGUGCUAUUCAUCAAAAAAAAAAAACAAACGGUUUAUCUGACAACACGUCUCCGUUUUACAUGUUGGCUAUUUAUUGAGGACUUCAUGACCUUUUUUGUUUUACAGACUUUUUAAUGUCAGAACGAUCGACAUUUCAUCCGUGAUCACAGCUUCUCUGAUGAAAGAGAGACAUGCUUGCAUGAGCGUGUGGAUGCCAGAGUGUGUGUUGUGUCUGUAAUCGUGUGUGUGUGUGUGUGUGUGUGUGUGUGUGUGUUGGGGGGGUGUUGAGGUUGGUCGUCUCUUCGAGCACAAAGCACAUUUGAGGGUCACGGCAUCUUUGAAAACUAAACCCACACACACACACUGUUCUGGUGUCAUUUACAUCUUUUACCUGUAGUCAAAUGGUGCAAACACACACACACACAUACACACACACACAUACACAAGCUGAUACACUGUUUACAGUCAUGUCAUGGUACUACACAACUACUCGACUCCUGUACAGCUCAGUGCUGAUACAACAACGGUGCUCUCUCUCUCGCUUUCUCUCUCUUUCUCCCGCUUUUCUUCUACACCUCCUGCCCAAAUCCCUUCUCGUUUUCCUUCUUCCUCUUUUUACCUCUUUCUCCCUUUCAUCUUUUCCUUUCUUUCUCACCUGCUUGCUUCUUAUUUUUCCUGUUUCUCUCUCCCUUGUUUCUUCAUCUUCUGUCUUUCCCAUUGAUUUCAUUCACUUUUCCCAAGUCUCCUCUGUAGGUCUCCUGCUCUGUCAGCAAUACUGAUGCACAGCCACAUUUGAGGCCUUACUUCUGUGGCACAUGGUGACUGACACACACACACACACACACACACACACACACACACACACACACACACACACACACACAAACAGAGGAUCUGAUUUGUUGUUGCAUGAUUGGGAGUUUUCUAUGUUAGAAGCUGAUGCAAUAUAGCUAAAACUUUUGAAAGUGUCCACAUACACACACAUAACACACACUCAGAGAGCUGCUGCGCUUCCAGCCCAGGCCUGCAGGGGGUAGCGGCAAAAUACAAAGAAAUCGAUCCUUCCACAAAACACUGUGGUGAUGCUAGCGACCACCAGCGGAACUCAUUUCUACUGUAAACCACAAGGUCUCGUCCGACGCCGCCAUUUUUACCGAAGUGGUGACAGUGUGCGAGUGUGUGUGGGUGUGUGUACGUGUGGAGAAACGUUCUCAGACUCCUCAACAUGCUUUGCUUUUUUGUCUGACCGAGGAAACUAUCAGAAAUAUCUCCGGGGUGCUUUCUUCUUCCUCUUCCUUCUUAUUUCCUUUCCUUCCUGUUUCCUUGCUCAGGCUAGCAUUAAGCCUGUAUGUUUUCCGCUGUUAUUUAAACGAGGCAUGCUUCCACCAAUGUGUCAGAACCUUUUGAGGAACUAAACCAAUUGUAGAACUAAUCUGAAACAGAACUUUACAGUUCCUGGUGAAAGUUCUCUUUUAAAUCCUGACUAAAAUCUGCCUUGGUUCCUCUUCUAGAAAUGUGCCUAAUGUUUCUUAGUUCCUAAAAUGUUCCUGGGUUCCUGUGGUGGAAACACGCCCAAAGUUUCAGAAGGUUUCUGCAGUGGAAAUGCAGCUAUAGUUUCUCAAAUUUUCCAAAAGUGGAAAUGUGGCUAAACUUCCUGGAUUGCUAAAAAGCUUCAUGAAAAGUGUUCCUACAAUAGACACGCAUCUAAAUUCCUGGCCUUCUGAAAUCUUUCUGCUUUAGGAACACAGUUCCUGAGUUCUUAAAAGGUUCCUGAGAUGAAAUGGCACCUGACGUUUGGCAUCCUUAAUGGUGUGUAGGUUUCUUGAAAACCCAAAACCCAACUAAAGUUCCUGAAGAGAUCCCUAGGUUCCUGAAAAUGGUUCCUGCAGUGGAAGGUUCUCCAGUUCUGGAUGUCACAAUCCAGAUUUUGGUUCUUCUUUGAUACAUUUCUGUCCUCCCAGGGGAUUCUGGGAUAGUGGCCUCUGCUGUGUGAUGUCGUAAUAUCUGGUCACAUGGUGCUCCCAGAGUUCCUUUUGUUUUGGUGGGCGUGGCCUCUAAUGGUGUGUAGGUGCUUCACAAUGUGCACACACCUUUCUGGUUAUGGAUUUAAACAAUAUCUGGAUUACUGUAUUCACUCCACACUGUUGUCAGCUCGUUCGGAUUUGGAGCGACACUCUGGUGCUUACAGAAGCUUCCGCGGGGAAGCCGGGAUGAUCCGGUGGGCGUGUCCUCUCGUGGUGUGUUGGUGCUCAACAGUGUGCACUCACCUUCCAAUUAUCAGUGCGGAUAAUCGGAGCUGGUUUACUGUAUUCUCCUCGUGCUGUUGUACACAUCAUUCAGAUCAGAGGUUUAUUGGGACAUUCUGGUGUUUCCUGGCGCUUUCUCUUUCUUUUUUCUUUUUUUUUUUAAUUCCCCCCGGCUUCCCAGAUUUUAAAGGGUGUCUAGCGAAGUAUAAAUAAGAGAGGCUAAUCUCUCUGGCCUGCUUAAAAGGCAGACUGUAAAGAACCUUCUAGGCCACUUUCCAGACGCAGAAUUUCCACAGUCCUGGAAUAAAAGUCCUUUAGCAGUGCUGGUCCUCGCUUUUCCAGAAAGCCCUGAUCCAAAAUCCAUCCCGUCCUACACUAUUCACAUCCAUCCUCCAACACACAAACAGUGUGUUCCUUAAUAGAGUCUUCUCUGCUGUGGUGCUGUCUGACUGUGAAUAAAUGCCUAGCCUUCAGUAGCUAAUCGUGCUAGUGUUCGCAACCACUACUGACUGCUCAUAAUUAUAUUUAAAGAAGUAAGAGAUACUAGAUGGGGGGCACGGUGGCUUAGUGGUUAGCACGUUCGCCUCACACCUCCAGGGUUGGGGGUUCGAUUCCCGCCUUGUGUGUGUGGAGUUUGCAUGUUCUCCCCGUGCCUCGGGGGUUUCCUCCGGGUACUCCGGUUUCCUCCCCCGGUCCAAAGACAUGCAUGGUAGGUUGAUUGGCAUCUCUGGAAAAUUGUCUGUAGUGUGUGAUUGCGUGAGUGAAUGAGAGUGUGUGUGUGCCCUGCGAUGGGUUGGCACUCCGUCCAGGGUGUAUCCUGCCUUGAUGCCCAAUGACGCCUGAGAUAGGCACAGGCUCCCCGUGACCCGAGGUAGUUCGGAUAAGCGGUAGAAGAUGAAUGAAUGAAUGAAUGAAUGAAUGAAUGAGAUACUAGAUAUUGGUAGGUUUGCUAGCUAGCUCCCAUAUUACAUCAAACUAGUAAUAACAAAGGAUAUCUGACUGACAACCGAUUAAAGACUUAUUUCUCCAAAGAUGCGAGCGUGUCUAGCUAAGAACCGCUUCAAUAGAAGAUGCCAUGCUGUGAAACCAGUGUACGGAAGUGUGUGUACAUCUAAGUUCAAAGAACCAAGUGACUCAUUUAGGGUGCUAGAUUUAACUUGAAGAGUCCAACCUUUAUGACCAGUAAGCUAACGUUAGCUUCCUGUUAACCUACGAAACUCCUCCUGCUAUCAAACAAAGCUGAGGGCUUUCAAACUGAGGGAUUUCUGAACCUGGUGCGCCCGUCCCUCAUCUUCCCAUCGAGGACCAGCACUGUCCAUAACUGAUCAUAACGUGUGUUGAGGAACGUUGCCCUCAUCUGCAAAUGAACAUCCAGACACUAAGCUAAGAUAAGCCUGGCUUUUGGAAGACACGUUAGCCGCUCGAUACGUCGCGUAAAACUCAGGCCCACAUGCGUUAAUUCCAGACUCACUUCCUGUGUGGCCGAGACAGGACUCCGUUCAGCAGAGUUCGGCGAUAAACCAACUGUACAUAGAUAUGUUUGCCUUUUUAUUUAGCAUUCGAUCAUGUUUUGUGCUCCAGGUGUGUUUCUCAAUCCGUAUAGGCUAACGUCGGUGUGAUCCUAGGCUGUGUUAGCGUAGCUGUUGUGAUUAGGUGACUGGCCAAAGGCGGCGCUUGAUUAUAAUAGGAUGAAAGGGCGGCGGUGGUGAUAGUGACUGAUGAUUGAUGAUUGAUGAUGAUGAUGGUGAUGAUGUGUAAGAGACGGGCGUGUCAAUCUGCUAUCACGUCCCAACGAAUUUUUCUUUUCCUCUUUCUUUACGUAUUUAUGAAUUGCCUCAAAUGAGAGAGGACGAAUUUUAGAGCCAACCAAUAACCAGUUGACAGCUUUAAAGGAGGAGAUCCUUUACCAGGUUAUUUUAGGAUUCAAAUCUUUAAAGAGCGCGUAAGUGAAGGCGUUUCAAAAUAAACAAAACAAAAAAAAGGUGCUAUACAAUUUAUUCUUAAAUGAUUAAAAAAAUAAAUAAAUGAAAUAAAUAAAUAAAUAAAUAAAAUAGUGAAAUAUAUUGUUGGGAAUUAAGGAUUGAUCGGUCUUGACAAUGACUGUUUUUAUGUUGUCGUAGUAACGGAUUUAAGAAAAAAAAAAAGCACUAUUAUUUUACUCUUUUAUGAAUAUAUUAACAAAUGCAUUUUAACUUUGUACUUGAUGAUGAUGUAAAAGUAGAAAAAAAAUAAAAUAAAAUAGAGAAAUUUCAUGUGCUUUAGCCUAGACAUCACUGUAGUAUGAGCGUCUCAAUGAGGAAGUCAUUCUGUUAUACUGGACCCGAGCUUCAUCCCGAAGGUUCUGUGCACUGAUACGUAACUUGCUUUAUCCUUGGCAGCAAACUCGACAUUACCCAACAUUCCUUGCUACAUGCUUUUGUUGAAUCGGACUGUAACGUUGUUUUUAUUAUAUAUAU